GGGAGCUGAUUGGUAGGCAGGCAGGCAGGCAGCCUGUGUCGCGGCUUUAAAGCUGGGCCAGGUGAUCCACUCCUGACUCAGAGAGCCUUCCCCCAGACAGCGACGGGAGCACUGUUACUUCGUGGGACAGGAGCCUGAGAUGCUGCUCUGGACCUUGGGGGCUCUUUGGCUCCAGUGUCUGGUCCUGAUUACUGCCAGCUCGUCGUCAGAGGAGGAGGACGGCAGCAGCGAGAGGGACAGUGAGGAGCACUUGGAAAGUUCCUCACAUCCACAUUGGAAACAUGAUGAUCAGAAUGUAUGGCCUGCUAAUUUUUAUCACUGUGGCGGAACAUCCCAGUCUCCCAUCAACAUCAACACUAGAACUGUCAUCUUUGAUCCCAGCCUGCCGAAGAUUAAUCUUGAGGGAUACGAUCUACCGUGCAAGCAGUCUCUGAAAUUGAAAAAUAAUGGGCAUACGUUGCAGCUCAGCCUGCCCGAAACUAUGCGCAUUGUCCAGGGGUUCAAUGGUGUGUUCCUGGCUAAGCAGCUGCACUUCCACUGGGGGACGCCAGAGAUCCCCGGGUCAGAGCACACCGUCGAUAAUACCCACUUUCCCGCCGAGAUCCAUGUGGUUCACUACAACUCCAAAUACGGAAGUAUCGACCAGGCGGUCAGCCAGCCGGACGGCUUGGUCGUGCUGGGGGUUUUACUUGGUAUUGGGCUGCAUGACAAUGAAAACUAUGAGAAAAUCUUGUCUUCAAUCAAAAAUGUCAGCACAGAAGAUUCCGACACAGAAAUCCCUGGAUUUAAUGUCCGACUCCUGCUGCCAGACAACCUGGAAAGAUUCUACAGAUACAAUGGGUCUCUCACCACCCCUCCGUGUUUCCAGUCUGUGACCUGGACUGUCUUUAAUGAAUCUAUCACAUUGUCAAGGAAACAGAUGGCCAUGUUGGAGGACACGCUGAAGGCCCAUCACAGUCAUUCCCUGACCAAAAACUUCAGGAUUCCCCAGCCUCUGCACGGACGACCUGUGCUGUGCUCUUUCAGAGAGCUGCCAGCCAUGGAAGGCCCCAGGAGUUAUAUUCCAUAUGAAAGCGAUGUUGACCCUUCAAAGGAUGUCAGAUCAAAGAAUGAAGCCCAGGGCCCUAAUAGUUGGAUCUCCAGUGGGGACAUCUGGGCUACUGCGUUCGGCACUCUCUUUACAGUCACUCUGCUGUCCUUCCUUGUGUACGCCUACAGGCAGCAGAAAAAAUACUCCAGAUUAAAGAACGGCGCAAAACAGAAUGUUAUUUAUAAGCCGGCCUCCAAAGACGAUGUAUAACAUCUGUAAAGAAAGACUUUAUUAGUAUUUAGCUAGAUUUGACUUGAUUUCUAGUCCAAAUUAUUGUUUAUUAAUCACUAGAUUUAUUUAUAUGUAAAUGGAUUUUUUUAUGGUGUCAAGCUCAAAACAUGCCAGCGAAUUGAAAAAAAUGAAGUUUAUCAUACAAUUAAUGACUGAUAUUUUUGUUUAAACCAUAGAAAACCCCAUUAGCCCCCGUGUUACUUUGAAAAAAACUAUUUUCAAAAUGUAUUAUUUUUUCCCUGUUAUCCCCAAGUGGCUAUGUCAUGUUUUGUAUGAUUUAGGUCCAAGUUUGUGGAACCAAACAGGAAAGUUGAUUGCACUGUAAAGAUGGCUGUUUGCAAUAAAAUGUUACUUUAAAGUUUG